AUGGCGGUCAGUCGGUUGAUCACGAUCCUCCUCCUUUGCCAUCAAAUUUCUUCAUCGAUUCAACAAAGCGAUCAAUUGGAUCAAUUCACAUCUCCGAAUGAUCGAGAUGAAAUUCCGUGUCGUGAUGAAUGGUUGUAUCUUGAAAAAACCGCUUCUUGGUAUAAGCUUUGGGACGGAGAUGGGAAAUGGUCGCUUCUUCCUCCAUGGGAUCAAUUCGCCAAUCCAACUUCA